UCUCUCUCUCUCUGUCUGUCUGUCUCUCUCUCUCUGUCUGUCUCUCUCUCUCUGUCUGUCUCUCUCUCUCGCCCUCUCUCCCUCUCUCUCUCUCUGUCCGUCUCUCUCUCUCUCUCUCUCUCUCUCUCUCUCUCCCUCUCUCUCUCUGUCUGUCUCUCUCUCUCUCUCUCUCUCUCUCUCUCUCUCUGCAAUCAGGCGUCAGGUUCCCUAAAGCGGCGCUGGAGCGUCGGCCUCCUGCUGGGCUGAUUAAAUGAAUCCUGUAAUAUCAGAGAGACCAGAUCAGUUUGUUCCAGCAGAGGACAAAGGACAGCUGUCCAAACGACCACGGACUAAACCCCCAAACGACCACGGCGCGGCCUCGCUCAACAACAACAUGGUUCUGGAUUUAUUGGAUGAGCUCAUCCAUGAUGGCGUUUUAUUUCCACUAUUUGCCGGACUAGUAAAUCUUGGUUCGCCGUUCCAGUCUGGACCUCGGCAGACUGAGGUUAAACCGCCAUCAUUUUCAUUCCUCGCCGUCCCGCUCCGACAGCUGGAUCCUUACAGGCUGUUGAUGAUGACAGGUGGCGACUGUUUCCAUCAAAACCUGACGCAGGAAGGAUUUAAUGACCGACCUCAUGUCCAGUCUGCUGAUCAGGACAGCCGCACGCCAGUCUGAGGGCGCCAUCUGCUGGACAGAGUCCAUAUUACAGGCAGGAUUUCAGGACAGAAGCUGAAUGAGGUGAAGGAGUGAAUUUCAUUCAUUCACAACCACAGAAAAGGACACACUGGAGUCAAACAGGAGAAAACAAAUAUAUCCCUCCAUGUACUUCAAAGUAAACAUGUCGUUUUAAUUAUUUCAUUACAAGUUUAAAUAUUAAAGUCGUUUUUUUUACUCUAAAAUCUCCUGGUUGAUUUUUCAGGUAAUAAAACACAAAAGACUGUCGACCCGAAUAAUCACAGACAAAAAAACAUCAAACGAAGUCGAGUCCCAAAAAUCACUAAUUAUCUUUCAGAUCUACUAAUAACAUUUUUAGACUGUUUCUGUGAAUAUUUUCUAUAUUUUGGGGUCUCUAGUUACUCGGUCCGACUGGCUCACUCAUACAUCAGUCAAACCAGUUCCUGUAAAAACGUUCAGGUACCAUCAGGUGUCAUCCUGGUAAACCUGCUGAUAAAGACAUUUUAUUAAAGAGUGUUUUUGAUUUUCACGUUAGUCUUCUUCUGCAGCUUGUUGCUCUGUGUUUUAGAGUUUCAUGGUCAGUUUGCACGUCAAAGUUUCACCUCUCUCCUCUUUUUCAGAUCCAAACCUCUUUUUCCUCUUCAGGGUCGUGUUUCUGUUGGUUUUUAUGAAGAUUUCCUCUUUUUCUUUAUAUUCUAUUCAAAGUUUUCUCUCUGGCAAUGCUGUGUGGACCACAGUCUUACUUAAAUGGAAAUAAAUUAAAUUAAAUUGAACAGAGAGAGAGAGAGAGAGAGAGAGAGAGAGAGAGAGAGAGAGAGAGAGAGAGAGAGAGAGAGAGAGAGAGAGAGAGAGAGAGAGAGAGAGAGAGAGGUCACUGGAGCGGCUGUGAAACUGCGACACAGGAGGAGGUCAAAGGUUAGGAAGCAUGUGUCGGACAAAAAGUGUCUGUUUCAGCUGCCCCCCUGAGGGUGUGUGUGUGUGUGUGUGUGUGUGUGUGUGUGUGUGUGUGUGUGUGUGUGUGGAACAUGGAACAUCUGCAGAGCCAUGCGGUGGUUCCUGUAGGUCAGACACACACACACACACACACACACACAGAGACCCCUGAUCGGACCCCCAGACUGUGGAGCCCGAUCACACAGGGACGUCUUUCAGGCACAUUUUGUUUUGGUCAGAUGUGACCUCCUUCGUGACGCUCUCUCUCUCUCUCUCUCUCUCUCUCUUUUGUCUUUUCG